GCGCCUUCCUAAGGCACCGACAGCUGAGAUGCCCGAGACACAGCCGGAGGAGGUUGAAGAAGAACCAGCACAAGCGAUACCACGGAAAGAAAGAAGCCGGUCUGCGGAAGCUAUUCUUGCUUGACGAAUGAUGUCGGAUGAUGACUGGCAAUGGAGAACGAAGACUGUGGACGGAUACUGCCAAGACAGACUAGCCAGUCAAAUGGGUUUGUUUUCAAGAUGAUACCAACGGAUUCCUUCAAUAGAUACGUAACUGUAAGGCUUUCCGACUGCUCGUAUGUGGAAUUACCCAAAUGGGUUUGUGCGCCUCCUGCGUUCUGCAUGGCGGGGACGAACCCGAAGUUGAAUUCGUCGCGACCGGAAGAUUCCAAGUUGCAAUUCACAAGGAAAGUGAAGGAGAAUCCGUCAAGAGUGAUGAGACUCUACACGCCUCUCCAGCUGCACCGGUACUGCCAUGUCCCCAAAUUGCCUGUGAAGCUGCUUGGUAGAUCAAACAGCUCCUCACCAUUCCUCUCACGACCGUCGCCAUCUCGACCGCCCUUGAACAUCCUAUACUUCGGCUCAGACCACUUCUCAGGACAAGUCUUCAAGAAGUUACAUGAUCUUCAUAAAUCAGACCCACAGCUCAUCCAGAAUCUGGAGGUUGUGACUCGUUGUGAUAUGCCCAAAGGGCACAGACUGCGGCUUGCACCGUGUCCCAUGAAAGUAGAGGCCCAACAGCUAGGGGUCAAGAUUCAUGAAAUACCAAAGAGGGAGGACGGGGACAUAAAAGCCUGGGCCAAAGAGCCGAUGCCACUCACACCGGACGCACAAUCAUUUAACCUCGCGAUCGCCGUUUCGUUCGGCCUUUUGAUUCCGAAUGAAGUCCUCGCUCAACUACGGUGGGGAGGAACCAACAUUCACCCGUCGUUGCUACCGAUGUAUCGCGGGCCGGCACCAAUUCACCAUGCUUUGAUGAAUGGGGAUGUGUAUACCGGCGUGACCAUACAAACACUGGAUCCGAAGGAGUUUGAUAAUGGCAGGAUUCUAGAGCAGGAGCGUGUUGAUAUCCCACAGGACGCAACCCUUGAGAACCUAAAGAACAUGUUGGCUGAGAAGAGUGGUAACAUGCUUGUUGAUUUUGUGCGAAAGCGGUGGGGAAGCGAAAUGGUGGAUGGAAACCCCCUCGCAUCGCUUACGAGCGUAACGAGCUACCCAAAGAUAUAUGCACCGAAGGUUGCGAAAGACGCUCUGCGCGUAAACUGGAAAGAAUGGAGUGGUCGGAAGGUCAUGCAAUGGAACAAGGCCUUUACCGGGCAGCUUUGGACUACCCUCCACGUUAAUGACCAAUACAAGCGCGUAUUGCUGACUUUUAGUCAAAGCGGACAUUCGUUCAAGGAUGAAGAUCUCCCAGAAGAGCUGAAACAAGCUGAACCUGGCACUCUCAUCGUGGUUGGACCAUCUGGUGGGGAAAGGUUUGCUGCGGUAGUAUGUGCUGAUGACUCCAUUGCGACUUUAACAAGCGUCAAAGUGGAAGGCAAGCGCAAUGUGGACGCAGUCGCCUGGUAUGAUAAAGUAGAUGGGAAGGUGGUGUUCGAGUAAGCGGAGGUUUAGGGAAUGAUACCCGGGUCCGGGAUUAAAUGUCU